AGUCGGGGCUUCCACGCGAAGGCGACUCUCUCUUUUAACCCGGGAGGCAAAACUCGCCCAGGCGGGCAAUGGGGUGCCUAGAGAAGCCCGAUGUCUUGCAAGAGGCGAAGCCGGAGCUGGUGGAAGCGGAGGCUCCUAACGGGUCAAUCCCGGCACUGGCGCCGGAGGUCCGCCUGACCUGGCGCCGGUGGCUGAUCGUUGUCCUCUUCAGCUCCUACUCCUUCUGCAACGCGUUCCAGUGGAUCCAGUACGGCAGCAUCAACUUGAUCUUCGCCGGGUUUUACGACGUGACUCCCUUCGCGAUCGACUGGCUCUCCAUGUGCUACAUGAUCGUCUACAUCCCCCUCCUCUUCCCUGUCGCCUGGCUCCUCGACCUGAAGGGGCUGCGGCUCAUUGCCCUGGCCGGGUCCGCCCUCAAUUGCUUGGGAGCCUGGGUGAAGACGGGGAGCGCGGAGCCCCAUCUCUUCCCAGUCACCAUCGUGGGCCAGAUCAUCUGUUCCCUGGCGCAAGUCUUCAUCCUGGGGAUGCCGUCCCGCAUCGCGUCCGUCUGGUUUGGCCCCCGAGAGGUCUCGAGUGCCUGUUCCAUCGCGGUCUUUGGCAACCAGCUUGGCAUUGCAGCUGGUUUCCUCCUCCCCCCUGUUCUGGUUCCCGAUUUGAAAAAGAAGGAGGAGCUGGCUUACUAUAUUGGCAUCAUGUUUUUUAUCACAGCGGCUGUGGCAACAGCACUUUUCAUCUUAGUUGUCUUUGUGUUUCAAGAAAAGCCUCCAUAUCCUCCAAGUCCAGCCCAGGCUGUGAUUCAGGCAGAAGCUCCAGAUAAAUAUUCCUAUCUGAAAUCCAUAGUCCGCUUAUUUUCUAAUGUUAACUUUGUGCUGUUGAUAGUCACUUAUGGCUUAAACACAGGUUGCUUUUAUGCCCUCUCAACUUUGCUAAAUCGCAUGGUAAUGCUGCAUUAUCCAGGAGAGAAUCUGAAUGCUGGUCGAAUUGGUCUCACCAUUAUAGUGGCUGGCAUGUUUGGAGCAUUGAUUUCUGGCAUCUGGUUGGACAGGACCAAAACAUAUAAACAGACAACUCUGGUUGUUUACAUCAUGUCAUUUGUGGGUCUGGUUGUUUAUACGUUUACCCUGGAUCUAGGUCAUAUCUGGGUGGUCUUUAUAACAGCUGGCGUACUCGGCUUUUUCAUGACGGGUUACCUACCUCUGGGCUUUGAAUUUGCAGCAGAGUUAACAUAUCCAGAAUCUGAAGGAACAUCGUCAGGCCUUCUUAAUGUUUCCGCACAGGUUUUUGGAAUAAUUUUCACCAUUAGCCAAGGACAGAUCAUUGAUAACUUUGGGACUAAAGCUGGGAACAUCUUCCUUUGCGUCUUCCUGUUCAUUGGUGCUAUUAUCACUGCUUUCAUCAAACCUGAUCUCCGAAGACAACAGGCCAAUCUGGAUAAUGAACAGGCUAGACUCCAAAGCAGUAACAUUCAGAUAAUGAAUUAUGGAUUUUGUACCUUAUCCCCAUCAUUUCCCAUCCUUGCUCAGUAAUUGACAAACCAAAGAAAUCAGUGGGAGUUGCCUCAGACCAACACUGCACUGCUGUUUGAAGAAUCAAAUAAUUUAAGGCUAUAAGUGGCUGAAAAGUUAUUGCUAUUCCUGCUUCUACUGCCUUAUGUUCGUCUCUCUACCAUCUAGACUUCCAUUACACAUGGUUUGACCAGGAAACAGUCUACAUAAUAAUGUUCCUAAUGAAAAAUACAAGAUUUUAAAUUAUUCUCAACUGAUGAAGCUUUUUGCCCUGUUUAGUGGAAGAAAAUGAAAGAGAGCAGUUGACUUGCCUUGGCACUUAUAAACUGCACGACUUGAUUGGGUGUUGCUUCUAUCAUAUUCAGUGUGAAAUAAGAAUGCCCAUCUGUUCAUCCUUUUGUGUGGCCUGUAGACUUGCAGAUUUGGGUGUGAAGUGGAUCUAAAGGAAGAUUCUUGCUCCUUAGGGAGAACCAGAAACACUUGCUCUGUGAGCAGUCCUAAUGGAAGGGCAACCAUUGAUUUGUGAAUGGGGAAAUUCAUUAUCAAUCAAAACAAAAGCAAGGAUGACUUAGCUUCUUUUUCUACAAAGUAUCUAUUUGUAUUGUAGACUAUUUUUGUGACCCCAGUCCAACAGAUAUUUUUUAAUUAAUUGAUCAGUAUUUUAAAAUGGAGAUUAUGUUUUUUUAAAAACAAGGUGGCAUUUUAGAAAUAUUUUUGGGUAACUGAUUUCUAAUCCAUAUUUGAGAAAUACAUUGUAUUUUUUACCACAACAUUAUUGCUCUUCAGCAAUGUGACACUGCAAGGCCACAAGCUGCAGAAGCAGAAAUUAAACAAGGGCUCCAAAUGGCUUUCAUAACAGUCUUCCAUAGUAUUUUUCUCAUAACCUCUAAAACUCUAAACGUUUUCUCUCAAGAUUGUACUAGAUAAUGUAGUGUUAAUUGAACAUUAACCACUGUAGUCAGCUUUGAAGG